AUGUCCACAUCAACGGCCUCAGACCGCUACAAGCUAGUCUUCUUCGUCCCUACUGAAAACGCAGAAACCUGCAAAGAAGCCAUCUUUGCAACAGGCGCAGGGUCAUUUCCCGGUGGGAAAUAUACCAAAUGUUGUUUUCAGACUGUUGGAACAGGCCAAUUCUUGCCAAACGAAGGUGCAGACCCAGCGGUCGGAGCUGUGGGUGCUUUGGAACGGUGCGAAGAGGCCAGGGUUGAGGUUAUGUGUCUUGGUCGGGAUGUUAUGCUGAAGGCAGUGAAUGCUUUGAUCGAGGCACAUCCGUACGAGGAGGUUGCGUAUGAGGUUUAUAAGAUGGAGAAUGUUUAG